AUGUACGUGAUCAAUCAUGGAUACUGGUGGAGCGUGAAUGCAUACGGCGAGGUUUUGAGGGGUCGCACUUUUUGGGGGCCUGACUGCAGGUGUCCCAUGUAUCCCCCCAUGAGUUGUUGGGAUGUGCGUCCUUCAAAGAUUUUCUCACAAGCCUUUGAUAGGUUGAUCCGGCAGUUCUUCAGCCAAAGGGAAUGUUACCUUGUAACAGUAGGCUCCCUCUCUCGAUGA